UUAGCCGUAACCAAACAAAUAAAAUCACCCAUCUUCUCAUCUUCUUCUUCACCCAUCUUCUUUCCCUUCCCUCCAUUUCCUCCCAAAUCCAUUACGGGGAGAGAAAAGAAAAGAGAAACAAUGAGCUGGCUCCUCUGCCUACUACUGUUUCUUCUCCUCCACAUUUCCCACUGCUCUGCCGCACGAACCGUGUCGGAGUUUCAGGCGCUUUUGGCUGUUAAAUCCUCCAUUACCGACGACCCUCAAUCAUAUCUCUCCAAUUGGAAUGCAACCACUCCGCUUUGCUCAUUUACUGGCGUCACCUGCGACUACACCGGUCGUCACGUGACAUCCCUCAACUUAAGUUACUUCAACCUCUCCGGAACUCUUUCUCCUUCGUUUUCCCACCUCCAAUUCCUCCAAAACUUUUCCCUCGCUGCCAACCAACUUUACGGUCCGAUUCCGACGGAACUUGCGGCCCUCUCCGCUCUCCGUUACCUCAACCUUUCCAACAAUGUUUUCAACGGUUCUUUCCCCACCCAACUUUCCCAACUCAAAAAUCUCCAAGUCCUCGAUUUGUACAACAACAACAUGACGGGAGAGUUGCCGAUUUCCGUCACCGACCUUCCUAACUUACGCCACUUGCAUUUGGGAGGGAACUUUUUCACUGGUCAGAUCCCGGCAAGUUACGGUCGUUGGGAGCAUCUUGAGUAUUUGGCCGUUUCAGGUAACGAACUCGGCGGUAGAAUCCCACCGGAAAUCGGUAACUUGAAAAAGCUGAAGGAGUUGUACAUUGGUUAUUACAAUAGUUUUGAAGGUGGUUUGCCACCCGAGAUCGGGAACUUGUCGGAACUCGUCCGUUUCGACGCUGCGAACUGCAUGCUAUCAGGCGAAAUACCACCGGAAAUCGGCAAGUUGCAGAAGCUUGAUACAUUGUUUCUCCAAGUCAAUGCACUCUCUGGUUCAUUAACUCCCGAGCUGGGAACCUUGGAAAGCUUGAAAUCCAUGGAUUUAUCGAACAAUAUGCUAGCCGGAGAGAUUCCAGAGAGUUUCGCGGACCUCAAAAACUUGACUCUUCUUAAUCUUUUCAGAAACAAGCUUCACGGGCAGAUUCCUGAGUUCAUAGGUGAGUUGCCCGAGUUGGAGGUUCUACAAUUAUGGGAAAAUAACUUCACCGGAAAUAUUCCUCAGACGUUGGGAAGUAAUAGAAAGCUUCAGCUUCUCGACCUUUCGUCGAAUAAGUUAACGGGGAUUUUGCCGCCGGAUAUGUGUUCCGGCAACACGUUGCAUACGUUGAUUACUUUGGGGAAUUUCUUGUUCGGUUCAAUUCCAGAAUCGUUGGGGAAAUGUGAAUCGCUCAGUCGGAUUCGAAUGGGGGAAAAUUUUCUCAACGGAUCAAUCCCAAAAGGCCUUUUCGGGUUACCUAAGCUUACUCAAGUUGAGCUGCAAGAUAACUAUUUAACUGGGGAGUUUCCAGUUACUGAUUCUUCCAUUUCACUGAACCUUGGGCAAAUUAGUUUAUCAAACAAUCGCCUUUCGGGGCCUUUACCAGCAACUGUCGGUAACUUCUCAGGCGUUCAGAAGCUGCUUCUUGAUGGGAAUAAGUUUUCAGGACCAAUCCCAGCUGAGAUUGGCAACUUGCAACAACUUUCAAAGAUGGAUUUUAGCCAUAACAAGUUUUCAGGCCCUGUUGCUCCGGGAAUUAGUAAAUGCAAGCUGUUAACCUUUGUUGAUCUUAGUCGAAACGAGCUUUCGGGUGAGAUUCCUACUGAGAUCACAGGUAUGAGGAUAUUAAACUACCUGAAUCUGUCAAGAAAUCAUCUUAUUGGUAGCAUUCCUUCAUCAAUAUCUACCAUGCAAAGUUUAACUUCAGUUGAUUUCUCGUAUAACAAUCUUUCGGGUUUGGUUCCGAGCACCGGUCAGUUUAGCUACUUCAACUACACCUCAUUUUUGGGGAACCCUCAACUUUGUGGCCCUUAUUUAGGGCCUUGCAAAGAUUGGGUUACUAAUGGAACUCAUCAAAGUCAUGUUAAAGGUGGACUCUCUGCUUCUUUGAAGCUUUUGCUUGUCAUUGGGUUGCUUGUCUGCUCGAUCUUGUUUGCAGUCGCGGCUAUAAUCAAGGCAAGAUCCUUGAAAAAGGCGAGUGAUUCUCGGGCUUGGAAGUUAACUGCUUUCCAGCGCUUGGAUUUUACUUGUGAUGAUGUUUUGGAUUGUCUGAAGGAGGGUAAUAUAAUCGGCAAAGGAGGUGCCGGGAUUGUUUACAAGGGAAUUGUGCCUAAUGGCAAUCAGGUUGCAGUUAAAAGGUUACCAGCAAUGAGCCUAGGGUCUUCUCAUGAUCAUGGAUUCAAUGCUGAGAUACAAACGUUGGGCAAGAUUAGGCACAGGCACAUUGUGAGAUUGUUGGGUUUUUGCUCAAAUCAUGAGACAAAUCUUUUGGUUUAUGAGUAUAUGCCCAAUGGUAGUUUGGGAGAGGUUCUUCAUGGGAAGAAAGGGGGUCAUUUGCACUGGGAUACCAGAUAUAAGAUUGCAGUUGAAGCUGCUAAGGGGCUUUGCUACCUUCAUCAUGAUUGUUCCCCUUUGAUAGUCCAUCGAGAUGUGAAAUCGAACAACAUCCUCCUGGACUCGGAUUUUGAAGCACAUGUUGCUGAUUUUGGCCUUGCCAAAUUUCUGCAAGAUUCCGGCACUUCUGAAUGCAUGUCUGCUAUAGCUGGUUCAUAUGGAUACAUCGCUCCAGAGUAUGCCUACACGCUUAAGGUGGAUGAGAAGAGUGAUGUGUAUAGCUUUGGUGUAGUCCUCUUAGAACUUGUUAGUGGCAGAAAACCAGUAGGUGAAUUUGGUGAUGGUGUGGACAUUGUUCAAUGGGUCCGAAAAAUGACGAAUUCAAAGAAAGAAGGAGUUCUGAAAAUCCUCGACCCAAGACUCCCGUCAGUACCCCUCCACGAAGUAAUGCAUGUAUUCUAUGUAGCAAUGCUGUGUGUUGAAGAACAGGCUGUGGAGAGGCCAACAAUGAGGGAAGUUGUUCAAAUUCUAACAGAACUCCCGAAAGCAUCAGACUCAAAGCAACGAGACCCCACAGUAACAGAGUCCUCACAUUCACCAACCUCAACUUUAGAGUCUCCUAAUAAUGCCACAACAAAGGACCCAAUGCCUCAAUCACCAACGCCCGAUCUUCUUAGCAUUUAAAGCCCUGUUUGUUUUUCUUCUUGGAGGAAUUGGCUUGUGCUCUAAGUUUCAUGAACUACGCUAGUUUGUUGCUUUGAUUUCUUUUAUUAAUCUUGGGCUGGAGUUUGCUCUAACUUUAAGGUGUUUGUUUUAAGGUUUUUCUUCCUUAUUUUGUACAGUAGGAGGAUUGGUGGGGGGUAAUUUCUUUAUUUUUUUUUUCAUAUAAAAGUUUGUCUUCAUCAA